AUGGAGCCUCGGGGCAGGGUGGUCACUCGGCAGCAGAAGAGAAUGCUUGAUUUUCGUCGAGCUCUGUCUAACAAGCCUCCCGAGCACGUCAAUCAUCGUCCUGGAUCUGGGCAUCUCAUCGACUUCAGCGGUUUCGAGGGCCCCUCAGUACGACAAAGCAAUGCUCUUAGGAGAGGCAGUGAGACUCAUAUGACCUCCGCUUCCAUGAAGGAGUUUCUCGCUGUCCAAAAGGCACAACUGGAUGCUUUUCUACAGCAGUUUGGAGAACAGGCCGAGGCACAAAGGUCAGCUCUGGGACACAUAAUGGAUCAGUUCGCUGGUAUCGCCGCAAGCCUCGGCAGCACUGUUGCACACUGGCUUGGACACCCUGCCGCGCACCAACAAGCACACCUAUACAAAGAACUUGAACUCGCUCAUAUGCGAGCUAUCGAUGCUGAAGGCCGAUGCCAACAACUGGAAAAGGACCACCAGACUUUGCAGAAGCAGCUUGUGGAGGAUGCCAAGGAGCGGGAUGAGCUGCGAAAAGUGGCCGAUCUUGCUAACUGGACAGGUGCAGCGAAGAUAUCAGACGAUGUUAUUCGAAGCCAGUGGAAGCAGCUUGACUACAACAUUCGUGUCAUGGCAAGAGCCCUGGCCAAAUGUCAAACUAAACGCCCAACAGACGACUCUAACAAAAAGCGGUUCGAAAGUAUCGUCACAUCUUGGCCCGAACUGUUAGAAAAUGAUGACUACAAGGAAUUCCUUCUCGCCGCUUACCUCUGGAUUCUUGUUAAUAAAGAAAUCUUCUCAAAUGGGGAUGAAUUUUGGGGUGGCGGUUUCGCCCGUGGUCUCAAACAUUUACGACAGAAUCUUGUCGAGCUUGCACCUGAGGCUGAUGGACCUUUACGCUCAGAACCAACAAUGAGACAUGUUGCAAAAUGGUCAGCCCAAGGCAUCGCUCUCAUCAGCCACUUCUAUGGCCGUAAUAAAAAGGCUCCCAAAAAGCAAGCUACCAAUGCCUUGGGCAGGCUGAAACUAUUCUGCAACAUCGCUGCGGAUACGUCAGGCACUGAUUUCCUUCGGGAGAUAAAGGGCAUUAUGAAAACUGCACUCGAACUCGAUGAGAUGUUAAUGGGUUCCCUGGCUAUUUGGUCGAUUCAAUGGCUGAGAUCCGGACAAUCAAAGAGUUUGCGAUACGAUGCAGAUAAAAUGGAUGCUGUGGCAUAUGCCAAUGAAUUGUCGCCUAAGACUGCCGUUGUUCUCGCGAUCUCGCCAAUGCUUCUCAAGACGGGGAACGCCAAUGGUUGCAACUACGACAGCGAGAUGGUUCUCUGUAAAGCAUCAGUGGUAUGUGACUGA